AGCCGGCCAUCCGGUAAGCGGAAGCGCGCUGAUUCUGGGCUUUGGGGUCAGCAGCAGCAGGACGGUCGGGAACUUGGGGUUCUGAUUUCACCUCCAUGGAGCGCAGAGUCCUUCUCGGCACCCUGCUGUGCAGCCUGGCCCUGUAUGGCCUGUGCACCCCCAGCAGCAUCCUGAAGAUGGGCAGCCAUGAGUGGAAGAAGCUGAUCAUGGUGCAUCACUGGCCUCCCACUGUGUGCCAGGAAGGUGGGAACAACUGCAGCAGCCCCCCGGACUACUGGACCAUCCAUGGACUGUGGCCUGACAAAGGGGAAGAGUGUAACCGGUCCUGGCCCUUUCGUUUAGAAGAGAUUAAGGACCUCAUGCCAGAAAUGAAGAUGUACUGGCCUGAUGUCCUUCACCCGUCCCCAAACAGCAGCCAGUUCUGGAAACACGAGUGGGACAAGCAUGGGACCUGCGCCGCCCAGCUGGACACACUGGACUCGGAGAGGAAGUACUUCGGGAAGAGCCUGGAUCUCUACAGGCAGCUAGGCCUCAACAGUGUAUUCCAGAAGCUGGGGAUCAAGCCGUCCACCAACUACUACCAGGUUGCAGACAUCAAAGAUGCCCUCGCCAGCGUGUACGGGGUGAUGCCGAAGGUCCAGUGUCUGCCGCCAUCACAGGACGAGGCCGUGCAGACCCUCGGGCAGAUCGAGCUGUGCUUCUCCAGAGACCUGAGCCUGCUGAACUGCUCCCACCCCGGAGCCCCGCCCGCUGCCCCCGCGCGCAGGGCCCCUCAGUCGGACGGCCGCACCUCCGGGCCCACCUUGGAGGUGUGCGAAGACGGCCCAGUGUCCUACCCUCUGCCCCCCGGGGAGGGCCAAGGGGGCAGAGGGGAGCUGGGCCGGCACCCCCGUCACCCCACUUUGUGACCACCUGCCAGGGGUCCCCUGCCUACUUCUCUGCUCAGAGAAAUCACCUCCCAGUUCUCUUGUUUGAAAAACCUCCUUUUUACAAAUACCAUGCUUUUUUGUUGGUUUUUUUAAAAGAAACUUUCACAAUUUUCUUAAGGAAAUCUUUUUAUAAUUCUCUUCUUUGAAAAAAUUUAGAUUUUACGAUUUUCUUGUUAAAGAAAUCUGUUCACAAUUCUUAUUUUUUAAAAGUCAAUUUUUUACAAUUUUCUUAUUAAAUAAACCUCCUUUCCCCA